GCAGGGAUGACGAUGAUGAUGCGGCUGGGCUUCCACGGAGCUCGUGGCCUCCACGCCAAGGCGAUCCCGUCCGUCGCGCUCAAGCAGCACAAGAAGACGCUGACGCCAGACAAGUUCAAGUCGCUCUCGCUGGCGUUCCUGGACAAGGUCGAGGCAGCGGUCGCGCCGCUCCUGCCACCCGUCAAUGAGACCUUUGUCGUGCAGCGCACAGCGACGCCGCCCAAGCUCGUGCUCCAGACGGCGACCCACGAAUUCGAGAUCGCUGUGCUCGCCAAGCCACAAACGAUCGAGUUUACGUCGCCAAUCUCGGGCCUGCGCACGUACAUUUACAACGGCAAGACGCAGCGCUGGGAAGACGAGACCGACCGGCACGACGUCGAAGGGCUUCUCACGCGCGACCUCAUGCGCACGUGCACGGGCAUCCCGACCUUUUGAGCUUUUAACAGGUCCCGUGUGGGGGAGUGCGCUGGCAGGAACUUGUAUAACGUUAUCGGACAUAAAUGCGAUGCGAUGACUCGUGGCAUCUGCGACAACAG